AUGGGUCUGAUUCUCCGGCGCGCUAACGAGGCUCUUAACAUCAAUCCUCUUCCUCGUGUUGAGGAGGAACUCAGUGUCAAUGGUUCUAACUGGCUGUGGGCCUGUGUUGCGAUCUACUCGUUCUUCUUCCUCGGCGUCUUCGCCCUCUCACACAAGCCCAGAGGCAAUGAAAAGAUAUUCCACUACCUCUUGAAUAUCGCUCUUCUCGUCGGGGCCAUCACUUACUUCGCUAAUGCUUCCAAUCUCGGCUGGUCUGUUAUUCCCCAGGACAGAGAUACCUCGCGACAAAUCUUCUUCAACAAGUACAUCAACUGGGUCGUGGCCUUUCCUAUUGUAAACAUCCUCCUCGGCCUCGUCGCCAACUCGUCAUGGGCCACAAUUGCCUGGCACGUCUUCCUUUCCUGGGUUUGGGUCAUUAGCUACCUGGUCUCCGCCUUCACCCCCACCGUCUACAAGUGGGGGUUCUUCGUCUUCGGCACCGUUGCCUAUCUUGUCAUGGCCGCUUCGAUAUUCGGCGAAGGGAGGAUUGGGGCCAAGCGCGUCGGGACCCAAGGAGACUACUGGAUCCUUGCCGGCUACUUCAACCUGCUGUGGCUUCUCUACCCCAUUGCGUUUGGCGUUUCUGAGGGUGGCAACACCAUCGGCGUCACACCUCACUUCAUAUUCUUCGGUAUCCUGGAUGUUUUGAUGAUCCCCUUCGGUUCUAUCAUCUUCAUGAUGCUCUCCAGAAAGUGGGACUACAACGUUUUAAAUCUUUACUUCACUCAGUACGGCCGGGUUCCUCAGGGCGGACCUUUCCCUGAGAAGUCGGCAGCUGCCCCUGCCCCGACGGCGAAUCCUUCUGGAAACCAGCAAGUCUAA